CGAAAACCUCUUCCCCUCUGCUGACGGGUGAGGAGUAGAAAAUGCCCCUGCUUGAUAUCGAUGGAUCGGUUAAGGCUCUGGGCUUGCCUUUUAAAACGCAUGCUACUGGGUGGCUUCCAGCAGAGGUGACCUGUCCGUGUCCCCAGCUCUCAGAGCCCCUGCAGGCCUCACACCUCUGGCCGGUGCUUGGCGGCCCCCCAGCGGCCAGCGCGGUCCUUGCUGAGGGCUGUGUGCGUGCCAGGCGCCACGUGGGAUGCUGUGUCCUACGCGGCAGGGCAGCGGGCGCUUCGGAAAGAGGAACAGUGCGUGUGGCAGAACACACAAGACUCUUUGGCCGUUAAAAGUGGGGGGCCAGGAGGCCCUCUGGUCCGCAGAACAAAGGCUCCCGCGACUUUGAUUCCAGAGGAUGACGUGUUUAGGUGGGUGGGCAGAAGCAGGCACAGGUGGUCUCACAGUUGCCUCCUUGGGAGAUGAAAGGACCCUGCUGGCAGCAGAGUCGCCGGUGCACACCGAGGACCCAGCGCAGCUGCCGGCAGCGCAGCGAAGCCGUCCUGGAAAUUCCUCGUCUCGUCGUAGCCGGAGAGGCCGCGCUCUGGAACCCGGGUCAGCAGAAGUGCUUCUCCGGCUUUGCCCGCGUGAGCGGUCCGUGGCUGUCGUGUUUUUGCACAAUACGCCGAGUCUGCCUUCUGCAGGGCUCAGCUGGCCGCUGGUCUCCAGCCUCUCCCCCCCCUUUUAUUUAGUUGGUGCAUAAGAAUAGUCAUCGUAAGUUUGGAUUGCUGAGUGUUCGUUUGCUUUCUGUGGGUCCGUCCGAUUCUGCAGACUGCACAAAAAAGAAACCGUCUGAAUCCAGGGGCGAUUAGAACCGAAAUAAAAGAAAUCUUUGGAUUCUCAAACCAGACAGAAACACUCUCCGCCAGUCAAGAAACCCUCCAAAGCCCUUUGCCAUGGACGUAGAAGCUGAAGAAAACAUGAGUUGGAGCAGCGCAGAGGUUAAGGAAAACUGCGGGCUGGACGGCGUGCCCCCCAAGGACGCCAGCAUCCCGGGGCUCGGCGAGGGCGCGCCGCUCUCCAACGGGGGUGCCGGCGGCGGCGGCGGCGGCGGAGGCGGGGGGCCCGGCCGGAAGCGGCCGCUCGAGGAGGGCAGCAACGGGCACGCCAGGUUCCGGCUCAAGAGGCGGCGGCGGCUGCCGGGGCCCGCGCUGCCCAAGAACGCGCUCAUGCAGCUGAACGAGAUCAAGCCCGGCCUGCAGUACACGCUGCUGUCCCAGACGGGGCCCGUGCACGCGCCCCUCUUCGUCAUGUCCGUCGAGGUCAACGGGCAGGUCUUCGAGGGCUCGGGCCCCACCAAGAAGAAGGCGAAGCUGCACGCGGCCGAGAAGGCCUUGCGGUCCUUCGUGCAGUUCCCCAACGCCUCCGAGGCCCACCUGGCCAUGGGCCGCACCCUGUCGGCCAACGCGGACUUCACGUCCGACCAGGCCGACUUCCCCGACGCGCUCUUCAACGGCUUUGAGAGCCCGGACCGGCUGGACAUGCCCUUCUACCUGGGCGCCAACGGCGACGACGCCCUCAGCUCCAGCGGGGACCUCAGCCUGUCCGCGUCCCCGGCGCCCGCCGGCCCGGCCCAGCCGCCGCUGCCCGGGCCCCCGCCGUUCCCGCCCCCGAGCGGGAAGAACCCGGUGAUGAUCCUCAACGAGCUGCGCCCGGGCCUCAAGUACGACUUCCUGUCGGAGAGCGGGGAGAGCCACGCCAAGAGCUUCGUCAUGUCCGUGGUCGUGGACGGCCAGUUCUUCGAAGGCUCGGGCAGGAACAAAAAGCUCGCCAAGGCGCGGGCCGCGCAGUCCGCCCUGGCCGCCGUCUUUAACUUGCACUUGGAUCAAACCCCGUCUCGCCAGCCCAUCCCCAGCGAGGGCCUGCAGUUGCACCUACCGCAGGUGCUGGCCGACGCCGUGGCCCGCCUGGUGCUGGACAAGUUUGGGGACUUGACGGACAACUUCGCCUCCCCUCACGCGCGCAGGAAAGUUCUUGCUGGAGUCGUCAUGACAACAGGCACGGACGUUAAGGACGCCAAGGUGAUAAGUGUUUCCACGGGAACCAAGUGUAUCAACGGCGAGUACAUGAGCGAUCGCGGCCUCGCGCUGAAUGACUGCCACGCGGAGAUAAUAGCGCGCAGGUCCUUGCUGCGGUUUCUUUAUACGCAGCUGGAGCUUUACCUAAACAGCAGAGACGGCAAGAAAAGAUCUGUCUUUGAGCCGUCGGAGCGAGGAGGCUUCAGGCUGAAGGAGAACGUGCAGUUCCAUCUGUACAUCAGCACCUCCCCCUGCGGGGACGCCAGGAUCUUCUCACCCCACGAGCCCAUCCUGGAAGAACCAGCAGACAGGCAUCCGAAUCGCAAAGCCCGAGGCCAGCUGCGGACCAAGAUAGAGUCGGGAGAGGGGACCAUCCCGGUGCGCGCCAAUGCCAGCAUCCAGACGUGGGACGGCGUGCUGCAGGGGGAGCGGCUGCUCACCAUGUCCUGCAGCGACAAGAUGGCAAGGUGGAACGUGGUGGGCAUCCAGGGCUCCUUGCUCAGCAUCUUCGUGGAGCCGGUUUACUUCUCCAGCAUCAUCCUGGGCAGCCUGUACCACGGGGACCACCUCUCCAGAGCCAUGUAUCAGCGCAUCUCCAACAUCGAGGCCCUGCCGCCCCUCUACUCGCUCAACAAGCCUCUGCUCAGCGGCAUCAGCAAUGCGGAGGCGCGGCAGCCGGGGAAGGCGCCCAACUUCAGUGUCAACUGGACGGUGGGCGACUCGACCCUCGAGGUCAUCAACGCCACCACGGGGAAGGACGAGCUGGGCCGCGCCUCUCGCCUGUGUAAGCACGCGUUGUACUCUCGCUGGAUGCGUGUGCACGGCAAGGUCCCUUCCAACUUGCUACGCUCCAAGAUCACUAAGCCCAACGUGUACCAUGAGUCCAAGCUGGCGGCCAAGGAGUACCAGGCCGCCAAGGCCUGCCUGCUCAGAGCCUUCAUCAAGGCCGGGCUGGGCGCCUGGGUGGAGAAGCCCACCGAGCAGGACCAGUUCUCACUCACACCCUGACGGGCGUGCACACAGCCCCGGACCUCACACCCGAACCGGGGGCAGGUGUGGGAUGGGGGGGGCAGCAGGUGUGCGUCACGGUCCCCGGAACCUCACACCCGAACCGGGGGCGGGCACGCCCUCUGGGGAGGGUGCAGGAGGUUGGGGUCUGUCUCAGGGUCCCGGGUCGCCGCCUGGCCUCUCUCUGCAGCCGCAUCUCCCCUUUUGAAUCACCCAGUGAUGGCUCCCGAGCUCGGGUUCCGUUUAGAAAUUGAGUUCUACUGAGUAGGGCUUCCUGAAGUUUAGGCAAAUAGAAAUCACUUUGUGUGAAAUUCUUGAAUAAUUAAUUUAUUCAGAACUAGGAAUACAGUUUAUAAAAUAAGAGAUAAUUAUGUCAGGUCACUCGUAUGCCACAUUAUUUUUAUUGCAAAAAAGCCUCUAUAGAAGGAGACCGCGAGAACGGAGACAGGAAGCAGAAACUGCCCACACCGCCGCGCUGGCCACACGCAGGUCCCUCCCCGGUGGGUGCCGACCCCCACCCAGCUUUCCUGGGAGGAGGCCCCGCAUGCCGGAGCCCCGUCCCGGGCGCGGUGACUCGGUGCCCGCAGGGGAGUCGCCCAGGUCCCUGUAGCCUCCUCCAGAAGCUUCUGUGCUGCGUAGGGUCGUAUCAUGGAAAACGUCUAAAUAAUCAGAGAGCGAACGUGGCCAGUAACCCGGGCCACUCGCUCGGGUUUUUACACAGCAUCUCCUUGCAGGACUAGGAGGGAGCCGCAGGGGCUCCGGCGCAGUCGAGAGCCUGGAACUGCUCCUUCCCCGGAGGCCCUGGGUGGGAGUGACUGUCCCGGCGUGUCCCCGGGAUGGAGAGAGUGAAGGAGAUACGCCUUCUUGGAAAAUGGCACUUGAGGCAUGUUUUUCAAUGACUCUUCCCAGCUUUAGCAGAGACGGGUUUGAAGGGGAAGAGUGUCCAGCCUGGAAGCUGGCGUGGACGCGGCAGGGUCGGGUGUUGGUGGUCGUGGCGCGGAAGCGGGUGUUCUGGCCUCUGGGGCGCCCAGGACGCUGCUCAACGCCCCACCGCACCGGCCAGCCGCGCCUGCCAGGCUCCUGCACACUCAGAAAACACGGCCACGCGUCCCUGCGUUUUUAUUCUUGUCUCUAGAAAUGGUAUUUUUUCUAAUGGGGAUAGGGAGAUGGACUUAGUUUUUAAAAACCAUGUGGAGUUUGGUCACGAAGUCCAGAGCAAUGUCAGUGCACGCACACAAGCUGUCCAGGACGUCCUGUGUCCCCUCUGUCAGCCCGCGGGUGACCAGAGCAGGAGCCCCCCCAGGUGAAUGAUGCCUUACUGUGGGGUCAGCGUGGGCCCAGCUGUGCACAGCUGCCUCUCUGGGUCGGAUUCGGGCAACCAUCCAGGACAGGCCUGACACCAGGCACAUGUCCCAAGAGCACCCAGGUCCACGGAAGGUGCCGAGGGGUGGGGGAGGCAGCCAAAGAUUGGGGAGGGGGGAGUCGGGGAGCCCUGGGCUGGCAGGACCGGACGGGGCCGGGGAGGCGGCCGCACAGCCCUGCUCCCACACGACUGGAGGCGGGAAGGAAGCGUGACCCCCCUCCCCUGACAAAUCAGGGAGCUAGCACUUUAAACUGCCCCUUGGGGGGGUGUGUCACAGACAUGCUGUUUCCCUAAGGGGUUAUUUUGCAUCCAGGGCCCUGAAUCUGGGUUGUAGAGACUUAGAAAAUUCGACACACCCAAGAACUUGAUCUUUUGAGGAGAAUCUCAGACUUUGAGGACAUUUUGACCAGCGGGGGUUGGGAGGGGUUGGGAGCCCGGAGCACAGUUCCGCCAAGAGAAAACACUGGCCCUGUGCUUCGCUCGGGCCCACUGGGCAGCUGUCCUGCUGGCGGGAAGAGGCGUCUCAUUCCGCGGCACGAGCCACCGCUGGGGGUGGGGACCCCUCGUUGCCACGUUCCUCGGCCCCCACCCCCUGCUCACUGUGGGGGCGCCUCCCCCCCCCCCCCCAGGCGGCACAGAAGGCCUGCAGGGUUGAUGCUCAGUGUUACUAGGGAUGCUCAUCUUUUCCCAUUUUGGAGAUUUUUAUUAUACCAACACCGGUUAUUUUAAAAUGCACAAGCCGACAUUUCACCAGGUAUUAAGUUCUCUGGCAUUUGUUUUCCUUGAAUAAUCUCGUCGCCCUCUCCAGACUGUGGCCACUCCGCUUGCCUUGCGAUGGCAGCCGGCCACACUGAGGAGGCCAGGCCUGCUGUCGCUGGGGUGUCCUGCCCAGUUCUCCCAAAACGAACGCAAAAGAUCGACGGAGUUCUUUAAUUUUUAAAGCACUUCCCCCAGAAUGUGAGGUCUGCCGACCGUGCAUCUGGUGAUGGAGCCUGAGAGGGAAAACUCGCCCGCGUCCCCAUCUCUCGGUCCCGCGAGCUCAGUGAACGCUUCCAGAGGUUUCUUAUUGUCAAAACUGUACCAAUGGAAAGGGCAGAGUAUUUGUGAUCGCGUGUGGCCAGUUGGGGUGUCCGUCCCCUGGUGUGUCCUGCGACCUCUCUCCCUCACCAGAGGCGGCCGGGGCACCCAGGCUCUGCGUCCUCCUGACGGCGGGACAGGGCGAAGCGCCCCUUCCUGGCCGCGCGUCUGCACCUCCUUGGCGCGGUGGAAGGCCGAGCCCCCAGCCCCAGGAACUCUCAUUUUGGCCACAUCAGGAACGAGGGCCGGCCGGCCGGACGCAGAGGCGAGGGGUCAAAGGCGGUGCACGGAGUGGUGGCGGAGGGAAACCUGAAGGCUGUUUGCUUCUCCAGACCUCGGGUUACACACGCCUUUAAUUUUAUUCUAGAGUUCGGACACUUGACGUGAAUGUACUUCUGCCGAGAACCCUGUCACCGAGGCACCCUCGUAUCCCCUGCGUGUUUACCGAUGUACAGGCCACGUGCCACCUGCAUGAGCUUCCUCCUGCACCGAGACCAGCCGGGACUGAGCAUGAGACGCUGUCGCUCAGACAGAGGACUUGAGAUGCUCCCAAUAAAACCGUGUUUCACCACUGCA